AUGAAUCAUUCAUAUAAUCAUAAUGAUUUAUUAACUAUAUCAUCUAUAACUAUAAAUAAUGAUAGUCGAAUUGAUUCAGAAACGCAUACAAUUACACAAAUUUGUUUUUCAUUAGCAUUUUGUUCUACAUUAAUCCAUCUAAUAUUUAUAUUAUAUUUUACACGUAUAAGAAAACUUUAUGGUUUCUGUAUCAUGAUACAUUGUUUAUUUUAUUCAAUUUCAUAUUUAAUGACAUUAAUUACAUGUUCAUUAAGUAAAAAAACUAAUCUUAUUCAUAUUAUUUUUGGAUAUUUAGCCGAUUAUUGUAUCUUGACAACUAUAAUAAUGAAUUUGAAAUCAUCAUUAAUGAUUGUUUAUUUACUGUUGAGUAGACGAGAAAAUACGAAUGGUUACCAUGGAAACUAUCAAUUAUGUAAUUCUAGUAAUGUAUGUUUAAAUCAUAUUAAAAAAUUAUGUUAUAUAAUGGGACAUGUAAUGGUUAUCAUUUUACCUAUAUUAUAUAUUGUAAUUAGUACAUUUUUAUUUGAAACUAAUAAUUAUAUCAGUGAAGAUCAUAAAGAAUUUGCUGUUAUAUCAUGUAAUUUAACACCAAAUUAUGGACAUUUUUAUAUUUUCUUUCCAAUAUUAUUUAUAUUAUUAUUAUUACAAUUUUCUUGUAUUUUAAUUAUAAUUAAAUUGCUUAUUGGUCAACAACAAAAUACUAAUCAUUAUCAUGAUAGUAUUACAACAUUAUGGAAAACAACAAAUAUAAGUGCACGUUUUUGGAUUACAUUAAAAUUUACAAUUACACAUAGUUUGGUAUGGUUGAUUGCAUUUUUAGCAUUAAUACAAGCAUCUAUUUCUCUUUGGCAUGUAUUCACAUUAUUAUAUAGUUUACAAGCUAUUUAUAUUACUGUAAAUUGUACAUUUACACGUCCUAUAUUAGAUUUACUUUAUCAAUGGCGUGAAGAAAAAAUGGAUUAUUAUAAAAAUGAACAUCAUCUAUUAUUGAUUAAUCAUAUUUUAAAUACCAAUCAACAAAAUGAUACAAAACAAGAUAGAAUCAAUAAUGUAUUGAUUAAUUAUUAA